AUGACCGAGUUAUCAACUUUAGUCCUGUUUUCAACACUUUAUUUCUACAUAAUCGUUGUUCUUUUAGUCAUUGCACUUCAACAAAAGAUGGAAGUUGCGUAUACUACCAAGUUGGCGCCAACAGUGCAAUUGUUCAACGUAAGUUCUGUUGUACGAAAUGCCAAAGCUCUCAAAGAGGCCAAUUUUCAUAUACAAAAGUUGGCACAGAUAACUUAA